UUCACAAGUUUGUUGAAAUAACUUGGAUAUUUGAGAAAUACUAAUAGUAAUAGGUUUAAAGUUAAACAUUGAUGGUGCUAGCAUACUCGUGAUACUGCAAAGUACCAUUGGCUUGGAACGUGGAAUGGAAGGUUAUGUAAAGUAUAUUAAUACGUGUACACUUGUAGGCUUGUUUUUUCAACGCUUGUAGGGUGCAAAAUAAGUCAAGUGGUUAUUUUAUUAAGUUUAUCUUCAGUUCCAGAGAUGUUAUAUUUGACAGCUGAAAGGAUGUGAAUAAAUUGUAUGACUGUACAUGAAGUGUUAACCUGUAUUAGUGGACAUUUUUGUGACACAUCAUGGAAACUACAAAAUCAACAUUUGGGCCAGUUGAUUAUGUUGUCUUUAGUCUCAUGUUGGCAUUUUCAGCGGCAAUAGGAAUUUAUUACAGAUUUUCUGGUGGCCGUCAAAGAACAACAAAAGAAUAUCUUCUUGCUAACCAAAGUAUGUCUGUUAUUCCUGUGGCAUUUUCACUAAUGGCCAGUUUCAUGUCAGCUAUAACACUCCUUGGAGUUGCUUCAGAAAAUUACAUCUAUGGCACUCAGUUUGUAGUCAUUAACAUUUCCUAUAUCAUUGGAACUCCAAUAUCAGCAUUUGUUUUUCUUCCAGUGUUUUUCCACAUGCAAGCAACAAGUGCUUAUGAGUACCUUGAACGGAGAUUUGGCAAAAUAACUAGAAAAGUAGCAUCUCUGACUUUUAUAGCUCAAAUGAUUAUGUACAUGUCCAUUGUGCUUUAUGCUCCAGCAUUAACCCUUAGUGCUGUGACAGGGCUGUCAAAAUGGGCUUCCAUUAUCUCCGUGGGACUUGUGUGUACUUUCUACUGUACUGUUGGUGGGAUUAAAGCUGUCUUAUGGACCGACUUAUACCAGUCACUUCUUAUGUUUCUGUCCAUGUUUGUUGUCCUUAUUAAAGGAACUUAUGAUGCAGGGGGUCUUCAGAAUGUAUGGCAUAUUGCUAAAACUGGGGGUAGAAUACAAUUUUUCAACUUUGAUCCAGACCCUACUGUUAGACAUACUGUUUGGACUCUUGCUAUUGGAGGAAUUUUUACAUAUACUUCUAUCUAUGGUGUGAACCAAGCCCAAGUUCAAAGACUACUUACAGUAAAAACGUUGAAGAAAGCCCAGCUGGCUUUAUUUUUGAAUUGGCCAAUCACCACUCUUCUUAGUAUAACAACAUCACUGACAGGGCUUGUUAUUUAUGCAAACUUUCACUUGUGUGAUCCAAUACUACGCCAAGAGGAAACAAAUGUAAAAUCUCCUGAUCAGUUGCUGCCAUAUUUUGUCAUGCUAUCCCUUGGACAUAUCCCAGGCCUGCCAGGGUUUUUUGUUUCAGGAAUUUUCAGUGGUGCUCUUAGUACUGUUUCAUCAGCUCUUAAUUCACUGGCAGCAGUAACUUUGGAAGACUUUCUAAAGCCUCUAUGGCCAAGGAAUGAACUCUCGGAUACAAAGGCAGCUUUAGUAUCAAAAUUUCUUGCUCUUGGUUAUGGCAUCCUUUGUAUAAUCCUAACGUAUGUUGCUGAGCAGCUUGGUGGAGUGCUUCAGGCAUCUUUAACAAUAUUUGGAGUCGUUGGAGGCCCUUUACUUGGUCUUUUUACCUUGGGCAUGCUUUUCAGAAAACCAAACCAAAUUGGUGCAUUAGUUGGUUUGUCAGUGGGUCUUGCAUUUUGUUUCUGGAUUGGAUUUGGAGCUGGUGCAGCAAAGAUUCCUGUUCCAAAACUUCCUCUAACAGAUGAAGGUUGUACAGUUUCAAAAAAUGAGACUUCUUUCACUGACUGGAUUACAAUUGACAAUAGUACUUCGCUGUUCAACAAUACUAUCUAUGUACAAGAUAUCAAAAACAUAACCAUUGAAGGCAAAGAACGUUAUGUGUUUCCAUUGUACAAAAUGUCUUACAUGUGGUAUGCUGGAACAGGAUGGCUAGUAACACUAGUUGUUGGACUACUUGUCAGUUAUAUCAUAGGAAAGAAUGAAGAAGUUGAUCCAACACUUUUAAGUCCUAUUGUCAAAUUUUGGACAAAGCCAGACACUAAACUUGAGAGUUCUCAGUUCUUCCACUUAAAUAGUGAAAAUGAUGAUUCAAGUGCUUGUAUUGCAAGAGAAGGAAUAGAUAAAACAGAAACUUGACCCCAUAUCAACAGUACUUAAGUUAAUUUUAUGCAUUUAAACAAGGAAGCUAUUGUAAACGGAUUGGUGUUAAAAGCAUAGGUAGAUAUUUUGGGUUGUGUUAGACUAAGGUAACUUUUUGGCUAUAUUUAAUUGGAUCACAUUUUUUAUUGUGCUUUAUUAGAUUAUAUCUUGGUUUGUAUUUGAUAACUUCUGUGUGUUGUUUGAAUGGUAAUCUCUGGAUGUAUUUUAAGUGAAUAAUUUUGUUGGUUUGAAUUUGAAUAGCCAGUUUAUCAGGAUAGACUGAGCAAGUUUCAAAGGAGAAAUAAUUUUGAUAAUCUACUGAGAUAUAACUUACCAGAAUAAUUAAUGAUGAAGUAAGGUGGUCAAACUAUAGUUAAGCUUUCAUAUCAUAUGGUUAGGUAAAGAACAAGAUUUCAUAUUAUGUGGUUAGGUAAAGAACAAGAUUUCAUAGCAAAAAGGUUUUAACUUUGCUAACAGAAAUGCAAAACAGGUUGGAGAGAGAGAGAAACAAAUCACCCUCUUAAUUGUUAACUACAUGCUAGUUCCCUACUAUUUAAUAGGAGCCUCAGUCCUAGGUUUGUUUAUACCAUGUAAUCCCUCCGUUUGAAUUUUCUUCACAUGUAUCCUUGAUCACUGCCUACAGCUGAAACAAAUAGUGCAUUUGCUCUUCAAAUAUAUCUGUCACCCAUAUUCGAUUAUUUGACAAUAAAGACCAUGAAAAUAUUAUGUCUGUUUGCAUAUUUGUUGUACUUUGUUUAUCAUAAAUUGAAAGCAAUUCCUCACAAUAAUGGUAAUGAAAUUUACAGGUCAUGUACAGGCAUGUGUUCAAAAAUUCUAAAAAAUAUUUAGUAUUGGCUUCAUCAUCAAAAUUACCUGCAUUCAGAAUUAUACAGAUAUUACCAAAUAUGAUACCACCUUUUAUAAUAUAUACAUCAGAUCAUACUACACCCAAUUUGACUAUGUCACGCUCAGCCAUACCUAAUAAUUUCUUUUUAAAUAUCCAUUUUGGUUCAUUUUUAGUGAUUUAGUGAUCAUUCAGCCCACGUCUGAAUAUAUUUAUAUUGAACAUUGUUAGUUUCUUCAUUCAUAGAUUUGAGGUGCAGUGAAAAUUUGUAUGUUUAUUAUGUCACACAAACAGUUACAUCUGACAGGUAAUCCAAAUUGUUGAAUAGUAGUGAAUACUGAACCUGAGGUGGCUUUGUUGGUUAAAAUGCCAUUUAACAGUAUGUUUGCUUUUUUGAAUUUUACACAAAGCUACUCAAGAGCUAUCUGUACUAGCGGUCCCUAAUUUUGAAGUGAUAAACUAAAGACAAAGCAUCUACUCAACACCACUUAUCAUCAAAUCUCUGGCUACUCUUUAAGUGCAAAUAUUGGGAAUACCUGUGGUAUUAUAUCCCCCCCCUCCCAGCUGAAAGUGUGAGCAUGUUCAGUGCUGAAAUUCGAUCCUCCAACCUGCAAAUUGUGAGUUGAGUGCCCUAGCCAUCAUGCCAUGCUAGGCCAGUGAACAUUAUGAUGAGAGGUAGGGUAGAUAGACAUAAAGAUACAUAUAUUCAGCGGAUGUAGUUGAUGAAAUUUGCUUGUGCUUUGCAAUCGAGAAUCAUUCUCGAGGUGUCGUCCAUGUUUUUUACAGCAUGAAGAAAAUCAUUUAAAAUAUACUAAAAAACCUAAAUAUUCAAAUACCAAAAUUCAGUUUGAAUAUUCAUUUCAGCUCUACCAAAGUUUUCAUACUGAUGUUAUUUUGAUAGUCAUUUUUUAAUGAUUUGACAAAAUGAUUAUAUAGUGAAAGUUAACAGUAUUAAUAUUAAAGUUUUAUAUUUCUAUUUUAAAAUAUUGGACUCUUCUCUUGAACUGUAGAAACUUAAUCUCUUGCAUGACUUGUUUAGUGAGAUUCUUUAGAGGAGAAAGUUGUUUAAACAUUUUUGUAUUUGAGUCAUUUCCAUACAAAAGAACAAGGAUGUUUUUAUUAUUAUUCUAGCAUAAUUUUUUACUUGUAUCAGUUCUUUAGUUAAAAACUUAUGUUAUGUUGAAUAAUUUAUUUUUGUGCCCGUCACAACACUUUGUGUAUAAAAAAACAACCAAAGAAACUGGGUUUAAAUUGCUCAUUUCAUUGUAAAUUACAUAGGCAACCCCAGCAGUAAUUAGUGGGAUUAAUUGCAAUAUUCAUGGUAUACUUUAGAUUUUUUUGUGACUCAUGAGUUAUUAGGGAUUCUGUAACCAACAAAAUAAGUACUUCACGAUCAGGAUUCUUGUGAUAAGCCAAAGUACAUAACACAUUGUAUCUGUAGAAAUUUCCAACAAUUCAUGAAAUGUAACUGUUUUAAACACUGGUUUGUUUUAUAUCUAUUUCAAAAUAUAAAAUUCAAGUUUUACAUGGGAAUUUAUAAAACAUAUUUGACAUUAGCAAAUGAAAUGGAGGUGUUAAUUAUAGUUUGCAGAAAAAGAAAAAAAAAGUAUAUGGGAAUUUUUCAUGUGUUUUGACAUUAAGUGGUAGCUUAACUGAGCCAAACUGUUUAGAAUCCAUGAACUGAAGCUCCACCGAAUUAUCUGUUGUAAACAGUAAUAAUACAGCAAUGCAAGGAAACUAAUUUCUGAUAUUCUCAGAUAUUUAGUUACCAGAUCUGGAAUAUAUCAUAUUUUAAAUAAUAAAUUUAUUUUUCUGUAAUUAGGAUUUUAAUUUGUUUGUAAACUAAUUGUUCUUUUUACCACAACAAUGUAGUAAUAGUAGUGUAAGUAUCAAAAUAUACAAGGUAGUUUAGUAUUAUAUCAAACAAAAGUAUCAAUAUUUUAAAAAGAAAUAUUUUUUCAAAAUGAUUUUGGAGUAUUUGGUAAAUUGAAUUUCAAAGAAUAGUAGAAUCAACACACAACUGUAGCAAAUUUCACCAUUACAUUCAGUGUAGAAUCAACACAUGACUGUAGCAAAUUGUACCAUUACAUAGUGCUAAAAAUUUGGGUAAAAUUUGUCUUUAUAGGAAAUUUACCAUUAUGGAGCAUUUUUUAAUGUUUAGCUAUACGGUUUUUAAAGGAAUUCUUAAAAAGCAUGUAAUUUUGAAAAGAAAUUCACAAAAAAUAUAUAAUUAUUUUAAUGUAAAGUUAAUUAUUAUUAUUAAUUAUUACCCUUAUAUGUAUAUGUGAUACAUACUUCAAGAAUUUCAAAUCUUUGUUCUGGGUAAUUUGUUUGAAAUAGAAUCAUUAUAGUUGUGCAUUUAAUAUUUUCUCAAUACUGUUUGAUAUUGUGCAAUUAAUGGUGCAGUUAUAUGCUGUUUCCACCCAUUCUAUGCAAUAAGCUUGUGUUCUAGAUACCUUAAAACUGAAUUGGACUAUGACUAUGUAAUUUAAACAUUUUUUUUGUUUUAUACAAUAGUAUAUAUUACAAGUGAACUUUUAUAUAUGACUAUAGAAUUUAGUCUUCAGUGAAAUGUUCUUUACUUCUACUUCUUAACACCAUACAAAUAAGUUUGUAAAACUACAUAGAAAAGCUGAUAUUAAGUGGAUGUUCUUUAAACUUCAAAACCCAAUUAACAAGCAGUCUGAAACAAUAAAUUGAGUCUAUGUGCACUAACUGAAAUAAGAAUGGAACUGACUUUAAACAAACUUGCUAACAUUUUCAGUAUUGAGUGAAGUAGAAAAGGUUUGUAAAAGCAGUUGAAACAUUCCAUAACUUUUUUCUAGACCAGAAAUAAAACAAAAUGAAUGAUAUGUUUUUUCAAAGUUCAUAGUUCCUGUGUUUCACUGACAAUAAUUGGUAAUAUCUUAUUUCCAAAGAUAAAAUAUUUUCACUUUUUGGCAGUUAUAAAUAUAAAAAAUAUACCUUAAGUCACCUGAACAAA